CCGUCGGCCCCAUGGGCGGGCUGGGCGAGAACCCGCGCCCCUUCAAGCGCGACGUCGGGCCCGGCGUCAACAUGCGCUACGCAAACUACACCACGGUCCGCAACCUCCUCCGCGCCCCCGACGUCGACGCCUUCCGCCUCGUGUCCGAGGGCAUCAAGGAGACGGCCGAGAUCGGCCCGCACGGCGGCGGCCACUACGUCAUGGGCGGAGACCCGGGCGGCGACGUCUUCACCUCCCCCAACGACCCGGCCUUCUUCGUCCACCACGGCCAGAUGGACCGCGUCUGGGCCCUGUGGCAGGAGAUGGACCCGGCCGCGCGCCACUCGGACCUCGGCAGCGGCCUGUACGCCCACCAGACCUGGUGGAACGCUCCCCCCAGCGCCCUCACCAGCAUGGGCGAGGUCCUCGACCUCGGCUACGCUGCCGGUAACAUUACCAUUAAGGAGGUCAUGGACACGACCAAGGGCCCUUUCUGUUAUUUCUACCAGUAA